GGGAGCUGUUCUCUGCCUCUUUCACCCUGCGAGUCCCCACGCCUGCAACGCUGCCGACCUCCCUUGUUCGGUCCCCAAUUCCCCGAAGUCCCUCGCAAAGGACGGCCUUGAGCCCGCCGGGCUUGUCAAGGCGCCACCUUUCCUCCCAUCGAUUCCUCUACAGGUGUCUCAGCCUCUCACCUUGAUGUUCCCCAGCUUCUCUUGAGAUGCUGAUGACACUUGGUCGAUGGAAACUGCCACAAGGCUGGAUUUAGGAGCUUUUCCCAGUCUCUUUGCCCUUGGAAACAGCGCAUAACGAGUUUUUUCUGCGUUGGUUUUCAUCGGAUUUGUUGCGGUGAAGUUGAACAGCCUCAAGCUCUGUAGAUUUCCUCUUGAGGUCUUUUAUCCGGGUGUAGGCUUACAGAUGAUCCUUUUUGGGGUGGUGGGCAUCUGGAGUUUAAGUUGAACCGAGGAGGAUGCUCGCUUUAUCUCGAUUCGUUUCUUUUGUUCGCUUGUGGUAUCUCUUCUUAGCUGAGAUCGGUGAUUGAGAUCCUUGGUGAUCAAAGUAAAGAGAACAGGGACACUGAGGAGUUGUGCUGAGAUUGGCGCUGUUCCAAUGGCGUCCGGGUCUGUAGAUGAGGAGAUGAACAAGGGGAGCAUGUGGGAACUGGAUCAGAAUCUUGACCAACCCAUGGAUGAAGAGGCUGGAAGACUGAGAAAUAUGUAUCGAGAAAAGAAAUUCUCAGCCAUUUUGGUAAUGAGACUUGCAUUUCAGAGUCUUGGGGUUGUAUUCGGAGACUUGGGAACAUCACCAUUGUAUGUAUUCUACAAUACAUUCCCUCGUGGCGUUGAAGAUGCAGAAGAUGUAAUUGGAGCUCUCUCUUUGAUCAUAUACUCGCUCACACUCAUACCACUUCUUAAAUAUGUUUUUGUGGUUCUGAGAGCAAAUGAUAAUGGUCAAGGUGGCACGUUUGCUCUUUAUUCCCUACUCUGCCGUCAUGCCAAAGUAAACACUAUUCCUAACCAACAUAGAACUGAUGAACAGCUGACAACAUAUAGUCGUCAUACGUAUGCCGAGAACUCACUAGCUGCGAAAGUCAAGAGAUGGUUAGAGUCACACGCCUAUAAAAAGAAUGCUCUUCUUAUUCUUGUCCUGGUUGGCACUUGUAUGGCAAUUGGUGAUGGGAUUCUCACUCCUGUCAUCUCAGUUCUUUCUGCAUCAGGCGGCAUAAAGUUUGACCACCCAAAAAUGAGUAAUGAUAUCGCCGUGCUUUUUGCGGUGGUCAUAUUGGUUGGUUUGUUUAGCAUGCAACACUACGGUGUUGAUAAAGUUGGAUGGCUUUUUGCUCCUAUUGUGCUCCUCUGGUUUCUGUUGAUUGGAGCUAUUGGUGCUGUCAACAUAUGGAAACAUGAUAGUUCGGUUCUGAAGGCUUUCAAUCCAGUUUACAUAUACCGAUACUUUAGACGAGGGAAGCGUGAAAGUUGGAUGUCACUAGGAGGAAUUUUGCUUAGUAUAACAGGAACAGAAGCAUUAUUUGCUGACCUGUGCCAUUUCCCAGUAUUGGCUGUUCAGAUUGCAUUCACCCUGAUUGUGUUCCCUUGUCUUCUUUUAGCAUACACUGGGCAAGCUGCAUAUCUUGUUCAUAACACAGAGCAUGUGUCUGAUGCUUUCUAUCGGUCCAUUCCAGAUGGCAUAUACUGGCCCAUGUUUAUCAUUGCAACCGCAGCAGCAAUUGUUGCUAGUCAAGCCACGAUAUCUGCAACAUUUUCAAUAAUCAAGCAAGCUCUUGCACUUGGUUGUUUUCCGAGGGUCAAGGUUGUGCACACAUCAAGGAAGUUUCUCGGUCAGAUAUACAUUCCGGAUAUCAAUUGGGUUCUUAUGAUUCUCUGUAUAGCAGUCACUGUUGGAUUCAAAAAUCAAAUUCAGAUCGGAAAUGCAUACGGAACUGCAGUCGUGAUCGUAAUGGUGGUGACGACAUUUCUUAUGAUCCCAAUUAUGCUGUUGGUCUGGCGGAGCCAUUGGAUCCUCGUCUCCAUCUUCACUGCUCUAUCAUUGUUGGUGGAGCUUCCAUACCUGUCUGCUGUGCUAUUCAAGAUAGAUCAAGGUGGUUGGGUACCUCUUGUCAUCGCUGCAGCAUUUCUCAUCAUAAUGUAUAUUUGGCAUUACGGCACAGUCAAGCGAUACGAGUUCGAGAUGCAUAGUAAAGUAUCCAUGGCCUGGAUUCUUGGCCUUGGCCCCAGCCUGGGCUUAGUUCGUGUCCCUGGAAUUGGCUUUGUAUACACUGAGCUGGCCAGCGGUGUGCCACACAUCUUCUCUCAUUUCAUCACUAACCUUCCUGCCAUCCACUCGGUCGUCGUAUUUGUUUGUGUCAAGUACCUUCCAGUCUACACCGUGCCGGUGGAAGAACGGUUCCUCGUGAAGAGGAUCGGGCCAAAGAAUUUCCAUAUGUUUCGCUGUGUUGCAAGGUAUGGAUACAAAGAUCUUCAUAAGAAAGAUGAUGACUUCGAGAAGAUGCUCUUCGAUAGCCUCUCUCUCUUUGUUCAAUUGGAGACCAUGAUGGAAGGAUAUUCUGAUUCGGAUGAGUAUAGCUUGUUGACACAGCAACAGAUGAUGGAGAAUGGAGACGAUAACACGCUCUCGUCCAAUGUGGAUUACAGUUGCUCAUCUUAUGAUAUCCAACCGGCUCAGUCUCAAGGAAGCAAUAUAGUGAGGUCAUCAAGCCAGACAACUCAAACCAUCAGCGACGAAUUGGAGUACUUGAACAGGUGCAAGGAGGCCGGGGUGGUGCACAUUCUUGGGAACACGAUGGUAAGGGCUCGUAGGGAGUCCAUUAUCGUGAAGAGGAUUGCUGUGGAUUACAUCUAUGCUUUCCUUAGGAGGAUCUGCAGGGAGAAUAGUGUGAUCUUUAAUGUUCCACAUGAAAGCCUAUUGAAUGUGGGGCAGAUAUAUUAUAUAUAGUUAACUUGUCCAAAUAUAGGUGUUUUUUGAAUGCCCAAUAAUUAAGAUCAGAUCAGUGAAAGUAGUAGGGCUUCUUGUAGCUCACAAGCUUUGCCUGAUAUUUCUGAUCAUGAUUAAAGAUAUUGGUAGAACACUUGAAAGCUAGAGCAACUUUCAAUUUUUUUUUCUUUUUUCAGUAUGUCGAUGUGGCGUGGUGUGUAUAGUGUAAUGAAAUUAUAAUGAUUCUUUUAGAGAUUGAAGCAUGUUUCAAAUAAGAGAAGAAGAAAGGAAGAAAGAUUUAUGGAA